AUGUCCCUACAGAAUGAUACCGAUCCGGCGACAAACUCGGGCUAUGGUAGCUCAGACGAAACCGCCUCACUGUUGGUGAUGGCCGGCACCAACAGUAGCAGCACGACCACUACUUCCGGCUCCAGCAUCAUAUCCACCAUCAACAAGUCCAAAAUGGCGUCCCACUCUUCGUUCAACGGGCCAACAAUAGCUACCAGUGCAAUCGCAGGUCCAAGCAGCGGCGUCAACCAAACCGCACUAACCACCGGCACCGGCAACAAACCGAUACUCAUCCGUCAAGAUCGCACCUCAACCUACCUGGCCAGUCCGCAACUGUCUGCUACGGGGCUAGGCGGUUCGGAGGAGAGCGCAACGGGCGAGGACGAUCAGCACAAUGCACGCUCGGUACCGGAUAUCGAGCUGCAUUGUCGGCUGGAAGCGCCGGCCAUCGCUGUAUCCGCUUCCUGUCACAGCGAUGGUGGAAGCGGUGGUCGCAUCGCCGCUUCGGACCGGGCCGCUUCGACCGGUUCCGGUACGGGCGGCUAUCAGCUGAUCCCGUAUAACAGAUGUCGCGCCUGUCGUAACUGUGAUAGACGUGCCUCAACUACGCCCAUGUCUUCGCUAAAGCUCACACGUUCCGUUUCGAAGGAAAGCGUCCGGAGCGCACUGCACAGCCGCCUCACCGUGCAGCACUCGACCAUCCCGCCAGUGCUCAUUACCUCGUCGCCAACGUCCGGUUCACGCAUAAUCCGUCAAAGCUCACAGCCUGAAGCAAGUACCCUGUCCUGCUGUGCGAACCAGUGUGCGCAUGCCUGCUCCAUGCCAAGCUCAUCAUUGCGGCAGCUUCGCGAACCGGGCGAUGGUAUCGCCGGCAUAGCGGCCGACUCCAUGCGCAUCAACGGCGGCAUGCGGCAGUUCAAACAGCUGGUUGCUCGUAAGCGCGAAAAGGAUCAGACUCUGUCGCAAAGCCGGCGAUCGCGCUUGAGGCGUGCCUUCACGGAAGCCACGAAUGAGAUGACUUACGCUAGAACGCUCCGAAAGCCUGUGUCCACGUUGUCGAUUCCCGGCUCGAUGAAGACACCGUGCGCCGGUAAUCGGGAAACAGUAUCGGCUGCAUGCACAGAAGAAGCUGGCAUCGCGCUCGUGGGCGUACACUCAGAGUAUCCCAGGUACAUGGAGGAGCGAGGCCUGGGUGGCGGCGUCUGCAAAGGUCCCGGCACGAUACAAGGUGGCCCCGGUCAGAAGCACAAACCGAAUGUAGGAUACCGGUUAGGCCGGCGGAAAGCGCUGUUCGAAAAGCGGAAGCGAAUCAGUGAUUACGCCCUCGUCAUGGGAAUGUUUGGCAUUAUUGUGAUGGUGAUAGAAAACGAAUUAAGUAGCGCUGGUGUAUAUACUAAGGCAUCUUUUUAUUCGACCGCUUUAAAAACGUUAAUAUCCGUAUCGACUGUGAUUUUACUAGGGCUCAUCGUAGCCUACCACGCCUUGGAAGUUCAGCUUUUUAUGAUAGACAACUGUGCAGAUGACUGGCGAAUAGCGAUGACCUGGCAGCGAAUGAGCCAAAUAGCUUUAGAAUUACUUAUCUGCGCAGUGCAUCCCAUUCCAGGUCAAUAUUAUUUUCUAUGGACUACCAAAUUAGCUAAUAAGAACAAAGCCAUCGGGGGUGAACUAGUUCCGUACGACGUCGCGUUAUCUUUGCCAAUGUUCCUUCGUUUGUACCUGAUAUGUCGUGUGAUGCUGUUACAUUCGAAACUAUUUACCGAUGCCUCGUCACGUAGUAUAGGUGCGCUAAAUCGAAUCAAUUUCAACACUCGAUUUGUGCUGAAAACACUAAUGACAAUAUGCCCCGGGACGGUUUUACUAGUGUUCAUGGUUUCACUGUGGAUAAUUGCAUCGUGGACGCUACGGCAGUGUGAAAGGUUUCACGAUGAAGAGCAUGCCAAUCUAUUGAACGCCAUGUGGUUAAUCGCGAUAACCUUUCUAAGUGUUGGCUUUGGCGAUAUCGUACCCAACACGUACUGUGGCCGUGGUAUUGCAGUCAGUACUGGUAUUAUGGGCGCUGGCUGUACGGCACUGCUAGUGGCGGUCGUCUCCCGGAAGCUUGAGCUGACGCGAGCGGAAAAGCACGUGCACAACUUUAUGAUGGAUACGCAGCUCACCAAGCGGCUAAAAAAUGCUGCCGCCAAUGUACUGCGGGAAACCUGGCUAAUCUACAAACAUACCCGUCUGGUGAAACGAGUCAAUCCCGGGCGCGUAAGAACGCAUCAGCGAAAGUUUCUUCUAGCGAUUUACGCGCUUCGAAAAGUAAAAAUGGAUCAGCGCAAAUUGAUGGACAAUGCAAACACCAUCACCGACAUGGCAAAGACGCAAAAUACCGUGUACGAGAUCGUAUCGGAUAUGUCAACCAGACAGGAUGCUCUGGAAGAACGUAUCACCAGUCUAGAGGACAAGUUAACAUCCUUACAGACACAAAUCGAAAAUCUUCCGGAAGUGUUAACGCGAUGCCUAACGCAGCAUCAGGAGCGGGUGGAUCAGCGCCGUAACUUCCUGCACCCGGAUGCAGCGGCCACGGGUUCAUCGUCCGGCUUGCCUACGCCGGCGCCACCCCUUGGCUCGCCACUGAUGCUGCCGCACUCCAGUUUCUCUUUUAGGAGCGUUCCGUCGACCUCGACACCGGCCUAUCCAUGGCCAGCCAGCCCGAUCCUGCCGCCCAUCUCGAGCAGGACACCCCAUCUCGUACCGGAAACACUGUUGCCACCGUCGACGACGAGUGCCUCGACCGUUGGACACGCAACGUCCGCCUCGUCCUCGUCGAUGGCGCUCGUACCUGCGACGGCGAAUGCUUCGUUCACCAACAACAUCGGCACACAGUCGGCAUACGGCAACACAACGGCACCUUCCUAUGUUGCGCACAACAACGCACAGUCAUCCACCGGCGACACGCAUAUGGGCAGCCAUCGGACAAGCAGCUGA